AUGAUACCAUCCACAACGGUUUCCAACAAAGCACUUGAAGAUGCUACUACUCGAGUGCAACAACUGGUGGCUCAAGCUAUGCAGUUGAAGAAUGGCCCCGCCGGCCAUUUCACAAUGGCCAUGGAAAUCGCAAAAAUUUUGUCGCCGGUGUUUGAACAACAUGGACGAUCGGCGAGCAUGAUUUCGCCGUUGUUGCUAUCGGCGGCGAUGGAGUUGCAGUCGCAUUUGGACCCGGUGACUCGCCAAUCCUUUAUAAGUAUCCCCGUAUGGGGCAACAUUAUUAUGGAUGAUCGCCGCAUUGAGAAACAUCCUUUGUACCGGAAGGCUCUCAAGUUUAUUGCUUCCUCAAGCCCAUCGCCAUUGUCCCACCCUCCGGUACAACCGGCUGAGGCGGUGAUUGACAAUGCAACGGAGGACCCGCCGGUUGCAGUCAAAACCCAAGCCAAAGCCAAAUCGUAUCCUUCUGAAAGUGAUGGCAUCGAAAUCAUUGACCAUGUAGUCGCCACUAACGCCGCUCCGCCGGACAUUCGGAAAGGCAGUAGCAAGCACACUGUCUCUCAGGAUCAGAGCGAUGAAACCACACCGGUGGAAAUUUUGCAAGGGAAUACCAUUGUGGUUAGGCAGAGGCCCAUGCCGAAGCGAAAGCAGACCCAGGCCGCCGGCGGACGUGAACUCAAGCCUGGCUGUGAGGGACCGAAAGGGAAAAGAUCCAGGGAGUCUAGUCAGAAUGAGCAGGUUACGAAAAGCACGCCAUCAGCCACCCGUCCGCCGGUGUCCGCCGACACCGGCGAUCAACGCAAACCAUGGUUUGAACAUCCUAUUCCUCUGCCGACCACGGCCGCCAGCAAGGUUACAAUAGGCAAGCGGCACAAAAGUAGCCACCGGCGCACUCCGUCAAAGGAAGACGAGAAAGACCUCUCGCCGGCAACUACCGGCGACAUUGUGAAAGGUAUGGAGGAUAUUCAGCUGAAUACUGAGUAUAUUGGGUCUGAUGACCAUGUGACUGGGAUUAGAGAUGCUGGUUCAAUGAGGCACUCUUUACCACCCAUCACCACUGUGUCCGCACGUGUGUCACCGGAAUCAUCUGCGGCGACGAUGCACGCAGUGAUGCCACCACGGCGCUCGCAUCCGCCGCCAUCACGCACCGAGGUCAUGGACAUUGAUGUGCCUGCAGAUGCAGUAGUGAAGGACUUGCAAGCAAUGACGCUCCAGGUCAGAAAUGACUCGGCAUUACUCUCACACAAUCAUGAAGACUUUCACAAUACCAUCGACGACCUAUGCAAUCAGGUUGCCGAACUCUGUGAUGCCGAGAUGAAAACAAUGGAGAGAUUGCACGCCGAUGUCGCCGUGCUUCAGGAGCAAGUUCGCGUCUUGCAUGCAGAGUCUCGGACACAUGAGAACCAGCUCCGUGCAGCUGAUGUUAAAUUGGCAUCACAGGGGAGUACGACUGCUGUAUUGCAGGACGCCUAUGAGUCCCUCCGACAACUGUUUGAUCCCUACUCCAGUCCAUACCUCCCCAUUACAAUAAUGCCGUGUUUUUUCCUGGUUCCAGUCACCAGACUCCCUAUAGUCACGGCCCUAGUGGCCAUCCACGGCCACCGGACCAUCGGUCGCAACUGCCUCGGCGGGCUGCUCGCCUUGCGGGAGACAUGGAUGCAACUCCAGGUCCGUCAGCUGCAGCUGGCGCAUCUAUUAGCUCUCGCAUGCAUGCACCUUCAGGUCCUUCGGGUGGUCAUAUGUCAAGGAGUUCUCAAAGCAACUGAUACCCCCGGUGCAUCGGCCUCCGGAUCUCGCCACAAUUAG